CUUUAAGCAACCUCUCGCCUUACAGAGUCUCCAUCCCAGACGUCGUCACAGGGCUACCGGUACCGUAUAUUCGACCGAUAUCAUACGCACGAAUCGCUUCAGAGUAAUCGGUGUUUCGAGUAAGGAUUGCUGCGAUGUCGGACACGCAUCCAAGUUCUGCUAUGCAAUCGACAGAUGGGAAGACAUCCGAGAUUCACGAAGACGGCGGAGUGUCACAACAAGCAUGCUCCGAUAAGAAAGCAUCGGGCCCGUCUGUAGGAUCUCGCAAACAUAUCGACGCGAGACCCGUCGACUGGGGCUUCUGGGUCAUAUUCUUCACCUCUAUGGGAUUCUUCUUCGGAAUCAUCGUGCUCCUCAUCCAAGCCGAACGCGAGAAGGUGCUCAGCGAGCGUUUUCGACCCGUCGGCGCGUCGGCGUCUCUCGGGGGCGAACAGCAUUGGCGCGAUGCUUUGAAGCAGUGUGAGAUUGAGAGGGAGCGGUGGAAGGCGGUGGCAGAGGAGUUCCGGAGCUUGCUUGUGGCGGAGUGCGGCAUUGGUAAACAAGGAGAUGCGCAUGGUGGGCCCGAUCGGGGUCUGCUGACAGAGGGGAGACUCCACGAUGAAUUCUAAUGUCAGCUGUGGUCAAUGUACAUGAUAUAUCAGCAUUGCAUUUUCCGGAAUUGAUGCAAUUGCUUUGGCAGUGACCCCGGG